ACACAAUCAUAUGCCAUGGACAAGAUGAACAAUGUGACUGAAUUCUUUCUACUUGGUUUGACGCAGGACCCAGAGAAGCAGAAAAUUAUAUUUGUUGUCUUCUUGAUUUUCUAUUUUGCAACUCUUUUGGGAAAUCUGCUGAUUAUUGUGACCAUCAAAACUAGUGAGGCACUUGGAUCUCCCAUGUAUUUCUUCCUAAGUUUCUUGUCCUUUGCAGAUGCCUGCUUCUCCUCAAGCACAGCCCCUAAGCUCAUUGUAGACAGCAUCUCUAAGAAGAAAACUAUCUCUUACAAUGAAUGUAUGACCCAGUUAUUUGCAGCACACUUUUUUGGUGUUAUGGAAGUCUUCCUCCUAAUUCUUAUGGCUUAUGACCGCUAUGUGGCCAUAUGUAAGCCACUGCAUUAUACAGUCAUCAUGAACCAUCGUUUGUGUUCAGUAUUAGUUGUUUGGGCUUGGAUAGGAUCUUGUCUCCAUUCAUCGGCCCAAGUCAUUCUUGCCUUGACUUUGCCCUUCUGUGGUCCCAAUGUGAUUGACCACUAUUUUUGUGACUUGCAACCCUUGCUGAGACUGGCCUGCACAGAUACUUAUCUGAUAAACCUGUUGGUUGUUACUAAUAGUGGUGCCAUAGCCAUAGCUAGUUUUGUACUGCUCAUUAUCUCCUAUAUUGUUAUUCUAUACUCAUUGAGAAACUACAGUGCAGAAGGGAAGAGGAAAGCCCUGUCCACUUGUAGCUCCCACAUCAUAGUGGUUCUCACAUUCUUUGGCCCUUGUAUAUUCAUAUACACUCGGCCUCCAAUCAUCUUCUCCGUGGACAAGGUUGUGGCCGUCUUCUAUACAAUUGGAACUCCUUUCCUGAACCCUUUGAUUUACACACUGCGUAAUGCAGAAGUAAAGAAUUCCAUGAAAAAGUUAUUUUGUAGCCGAGGGAGUUCAGAAAGCCAGUAG